AUGUCCCUCCUCCGCGUCACUGCGCAGCGCGUCGCCGCCCCCGCCUUUGCGCGCACCUUUUCGGUCUCGGCCGCCCGUGCCGACCUCGUCAAGGACCUGUACGUCAACCAGCUCAAGGCCUACAAGGUCCCCGCCAAGGCCGCCGACGCCCACGCCGGUGCCGUCCGCCAGUUCUCGGCCCCCGCCGCCCCCGUCGUCCCCGCCCUCCCCACCGACCUCGCCGCCGAGCUCUCCAAGUUCGACGCCACCGAGCCCACCCUCGGCGGCUCGGCCCCCGCCGCCAAGGCUGAGGGUGCCGCCGACGGCCAGUCGGCCGAGCAGUACCUCGCCUUCCUUGAGGAGGACCUCCCCAAGAAGGACGCCCACCACUAG